CACACAUGUUUACAGAUGGGGAGACGAAAGAAGAUUAUUGAGGAUGAUGGAGAUAGCUCAGAAGGAGACCGACCCGGGGAAGACGAGGAGGAUGGUAUAGAAGCUCACGGUCUCAAUGCAGAUCUGGCGGAGGAAGCCGCACUGUUUGCGAACCCAUAUGGUACUUUCGGUCGUAAGAAGAGACGACGAACAAAGGAAGAUAACAUUUACGGCAUAUUUGGCGAUGACGAUAAGGAUGAUGGGCGCAGUGACGGACGAAAGCAGAAUUCUCGUUACAUGUCUGGAGUUCGUUUCGUAUCUGGCGGUAAUAUAGCCGGUAGUCGUCACACCGACAGUGACGACGAUAACUCAGCGGAACACGGAAGUAGUGAGGAAGAGGAUAACAAUGGACCAAGCCAGAAUCAAGACCCUAUGGAUAUCGAAGAAGAUACUGUAUCUAGAGGGGGAUUAGGCUCUGGGUCACUACGAGCAACGGGUGCAGACGAAGACGGCGACGACGGCUGGAGCGCCGGACGGCCUGGCGUGGGUACAAAUUUCGGUGGAAGACGAGGUCUUGGUAGUAUGGAAGACGAUGAACCAGAUAGAGAACAGACUCGUAUGGGUCUUGGAGGUGCCAGCGGUGGUGGGGUUGGGUUUGGGAGGUCAUCCAGGGCCGGCCUUGGGCUGAGUGAGGCCUCUGCGGAUGUCCCCGCCGAUCUGCCAACAUCCUUUGGGUCGACUAGAACAAAGUCUAGGUCGUCUAGCAACAGUCCAGUCCCGCGAUAUCAACCAGUCGAUAAAGAUUUUGGAAGGUUUGAAAGAAGCACCAAGGGUAUAGGGUCCAAGUUACUGGAGAAGAUGGGUUGGCGAAUGGGUAUGGGGUUGGGAAAGGAAGGAACAGGUAUUGCUGCGCCAAUUGAUGUCAAGCUGCGACCAAAAGGUGCUGGUCUGGGUAUGGUGGAUGAGCGGACGGAAGCCAUAAAGAACGAGCAGUGGGAGCGGCGACAAUCAGAGGGUUUGGACGAAGACGAAGAGAUACCCACUCGAAAGACUCAGUUGCGCACAGGGCAAUGGAAACAAGGCGCAAGGAAGCAGAAAAAAACUUACAAGUCUGCAGAAGAGCUAGUUGCAGAGCAAGAAAGCGGGGCGGGCCCGCCGGUGGGGGCGGUACCAACAGCUACCAAAAUCUUGGAUAUGACAGGGCGCGAAGUGCGAGAGCUUUCUGACAUAUCAGAGAUCACGUCCGCUACUGCCGCCUUUGAUAUCACGGCAGCUCGAUUGCCGGAAUUGCGACAUAAUGUAAAAUUGUUAGCCGAUCUGGCACAGGACGACCUCUUACAUGUCGGCCGCCAGAUGCGCAUUGAGAAAACGCGGCAGGAGCAGCUCGGUCGUCAGGAGAAGGUCAUUUCGCAACAGGUGAACGAUGAGAAAACCCGUAUCGUUCGAUUACAGGCUGUGGUGGAACUUGCGAAUGAAUGCGAGCGCACCUCUAAGCGAUUUAGCUUUGGGCUCGGUGAAUUAGACCUCGACGAGCUUAUUGAAGCGUUCUCUAUCCCUUUCCAAAAGCUUCAAACUGAACACUUUGAGGAGUAUCAAACAUAUGGUCUGGAUGAGUUGGUGGUAGCUUCAUUGGCCCCAAUCGUGAAGAGGACGCUUCAUGAAUGGCAGCCGCUAGCUGACCCAACUUACGGAGCAGAAGCGUUUCGGCAGUGGAAAAAGCUGUUGAUGGUACCGGCCCAACCUUCCGGGAAGGGCCAGGAUGUGAACAUGGGAGCAGUAUCUGCCGAUCAUGCACCUUCAAGGAAAAUGACACCGUACGAAGCGAUGAUGUAUGAUAUAUGGCUUCCCAAAGUCCGGCAGGCGAUCAACAAUGAGUGGAGUCCUCAACUACCGGAUUCAGUGAUUACGCUGCUGGAAGCAUGGCAUCCCCAAUCAGCAAGCACAAAGAGUCAGAUUCGGAAUGGGGUUACUGAAGACGGCGACCAGAACGUCCUUCUUCCUUCAUGGCUUUAUCAAAACAUAUUGGAACAACUCAUACUGCCAAAGUUAACUCAUGAAGUGGAUAAUUGGAAUCCUAGUCAAGAUCCGGUCGCAGUUCAUACAUGGGUGCAUCCAUGGUUACCACAUCUUGUCGAUCGCAUGGAAGGAAUCUUUACAACUAUACGACACAAGUUGGUGGGGUCCUUGAAAGACUGGUAUCCGCGUGACCCAAGCGCAUUGCUUGUUUUGAUGCCAUGGAAGGAAGUCUUUAAGCAGGCCGACAUGGAAUCACUGCUUGCCAAGGCCAUACUUCCCAAGCUGAUUCUUACGCUACGUAACGAUUUCGAGGUCAACCCGCGGGCGCAAGACCUUGAGCCACUGCAAUGGGUCUUUGCAUGGUGCUCAGUUGUACCGGCCCAUCUUCUGGUACAUUUGUUCGAGACAGAAUUUUUCCCGAAAUGGCACAAGGUCCUUUGGGCGUGGCUCUCCAGUCCGCAGGCCAAAAAUGAGGAAAUCACAAUGUGGUAUAAAAGCUGGAAGGGCGUGUUUCCACCAGAAUUGGUCAAGGAAGCUGGUAUCGUCAACCAGUUCAGAGCGGGACUGGACAUGAUGAACCGAAGUCUGGCAAUGGGCGGCGCACGAGGCCCUAUGCCGGCAGCUCCGCCGCCUAUUGCAUCCAUGUCCCGAACGGCGGCGGCUGGUGGGAAAGUGGGUAGCGGUACAGCUCGGCGUGCAGCAGCCCCUGCUAUGUCCGCUAUGGAUUCGUUUAGAGAUUAUGUCGAGCGAAAGGCGAGUGAGCGUGAUCUGUUGUUUGCGCCUGCCAAUCGUGUUCAUCCUACAACCGGAAAAGCGCUCUUCCGGCUGGCACCUGCUGCAAAAGCCGCCACUGGCACCGGCGGACUCAUCGGAUACAUUGAUGAAGGGGUUAUAUUCGUUGAUAACGGAAGUGGAGGAUGGGAUCCGAUGAGCGUGGAAGAGGCGAUGGAAAUGGCCAAGGGCAAGGCCAAAGGGAAAGGGAGUGCUUAAGCGCCGUUCUGAAUGUAUAAAUCUAAUUAUUUCAUCUAUUGUUCUGCGUGGAAUUUUGUAUCAAACGAGUAUGAUGGAGGAUGACCAUCCUGCCUGGGAUUCCCUUGAGAUCAGCCCUCACAUGUUUGCCAACUAAAUACAUAAACGGCAUGCUUCAUAAAGCACUUCAAGCACC